GAAAGCAGCUGCCGACACAGCCACUAGAGCGGGGCCGGGACGCGAGCGUGAGGCAGAGCGGGUCCGCGCGCCGCCGCCGCCGCCAUGGGGAGCUGCGUGUCCCGAGAGGAUUUCGAGUGGGUCUAUACGGACCAGCCGCACACCGACCGGCGCCGGGAGAUCCUGGCAAAGUAUCCAGAGAUAAAAUCCUUGAUGAAACCUGACCCCAAUCUGAUCUGGAUCAUAUCUGUGAUGCUUCUCGCCCAGUUGGCUUCAUUUUACUUAGUGAAAGACUUGGACUGGAAAUGGGUCAUAUUUUGGUCCUAUGUCUUUGGCAGCUGCCUUAACCACUCAAUGACUCUGGGCAUCCAUGAGAUUUCUCACAAUUUCCCCUUCGGUCAUCACAAAUCGCUGUGGAAUCGCUGGUUUGGAAUAUUUGCUAACCUCCCUUUGGGAGUUCCAUAUUCAGUUUCUUUUAAGAGAUACCACAUGGACCAUCAUCGGUACCUGGGAGCUGAUGGCAUCGAUGUGGAUAUUCCUACUGAUUUUGAGGGCUGGUUCUUCUGCACCACUCUCAGGAAGCUGGUCUGGGUUGUCCUUCAGCCUCUCUUUUAUGCUUUUAGACCCCUACUCAUCAAUCCGAAACCCAUUACUUACCUGGAAAUCAUCAAUACUGUGAUCCAGAUCAUUUUUGACAUUAUAAUUUACUAUGUUUUUGGAAUUAAAUCUUUAGUCUACAUGUUGGCAGCCUCCCUACUUGGCCUAGGUUUGCACCCAAUUUCUGGGCAUUUUAUAGCAGAACAUUACAUGUUCUUAAAGGGGCACGAAACGUACUCAUAUUAUGGGCCUCUGAAUUUACUGACCUUCAAUGUGGGCUACCAUAAUGAACACCAUGACUUCCCCAACGUUCCUGGAAAAAACCUGCCCCUGGUGAGGAAAAUAGCAGCUGAAUACUAUGAUAAACUCCCCCAGUACAACUCCUGGAUCAAAGUACUGUAUGAUUUUGUGAUGGAUGACACAAUAAGUCCCUACUCACGGAUGAAGAGGCCUCCAAAGGGGAAUGAGAUUCUGGAGUAAAAACCACAGCUAAAGGAAUUCCUCAUAAUAGCUGAUAAAGUGGAAUUUUUAUUUUGUUAAUUUUAAGAUGAGUGAUGCCUAGAAGCUGCACUGUCAUAAUUCCCAACCAGGAUCUUGGUGGCAUCAAAAGCUACUCAGCCUUCUAACAGCCGACUCUUGCGCUUACCUGCACUCAUGCAUUAUACUACUGUUACUAAGGGUAUCUCCACCUGUGUCUGUCAUACUUGUAAGCAUAUUAUAAAAAGCUUAUGUUAUUUUUCACUAUAAAAUAAUAAACUGAACUGUUAAUUGC